AUGGCAAAUGAGUUGAGCCACGUCCUCGACGGCAUGCAACUCGAAGAUGGCAGGCCAGAUAUCCAGUUGCGCACAUCAGCAAUACAACAUCUCCUCAACAGCUCAACCUUGACAUUCGGAGAAAUGCGAUUAUUCAAAGCGCAUUUUGAUCGAGUUAAUUUUCAUCAUGAUGGCAUCGCCCGAUUACCAGACGAGCUUCUUGCGCUUGUCAUGGACUACCUCGAUCUUGAGGACUUUGUGUUUAUGCGUUGCGUUUCGAGGGACUGGAGAGAGAAAUUGUCCAACGAAAAGCUUUGCACGUCACUCCUCAAGAUACACUUUCGUAAAACUUGGGAGAUCGAAUUUAAGUCAUUGGGAGACAAUGACAGGCAAGUAAAGCUUGGUGAUUUCCUUGGCAUGUGUAUAGGACGACUUAAGAGAGACCGUGGCAUGUAUGAUCAAGUAAUGCACUACGAUUAUUUAUCAGACCCAAACGAUGACAGGUUCUAUUCAAAUUGGUGCCACGAAGAUUGUUAUAGAAAAAGGUUUCAAUACAAAAACGGAAGAAUAGCAAUGAGAAAGGAUCCUAGCACCAUUCAAGUCGAUGAUCUACGUACACAUGUUUCAAGACGCUAUGUGCAUGAGUCUCGAUAUAACUUCGAUUAUUGGUUACUUUCAGAUCAAAUGCUCAUAGCCUAUUUUGAUAGUCCAAAGCCACGAUUCAACGUAUGGCAGCUUGAUGAAGAAGAUGACCCGAAAUUUAUUCAUCUGGACUGUCGUUACGAGAUAUUGGCCGCCCACAACAAACAAAUUGCUUUCGGUGUCAAGAGUCCUUCUACCAACCAUCCUGUUUACAUUUGGAAUGAUGGCCACAUCAAAAAGCUUGCCGAUCCGGAAUUUGGCGAUUUGUAUCCCAAUUAUGAGAUUAAGUUUUGUGAAAUCUUCUUCCAUCCCACUCAAGAGAAUCAUCAUUUCUUAUUCUAUCAUGCCUCACGUUUACCCUUGGGUGGAACUCUACGCGAAGUCGGAAGCGAUCUAAUAAUCGCACAAGAAUACAUCGCAGGAUUACCACAGGGGCAGUGGAAUGAAGUGCUUGGAUUAUGCUUCGACAAAACUAUGCUCAAGUUUCGAUUCAUUAGCGACGAUGGCGUUGUUGCAAUUCUAUCACGAAUAGUUCGCUCGCCAGAAAGCAGAGCUUCCAUUCAGCGAUCACCUUGUAACCAUGAUAUAUCAUCAGCUGCAAAGUCCGGUGCUUACUUCCUCAUGACCUUCAACCUCAUGACCCAAAAGUUUGGAAGCAUUUCAACUCACCUCGAGCCGUUUCUGGAAAUAGUCCCUCAUCCUCUAAACCCGUUGUUUUGGCGUGGCCAGGCUACCGUUCCGUACGAUUUGUCCGCAAGUAUGUGCGAUGCGACAAAGAGAAAUCCUCAAUGUGUGGGAAAGCACAAGUUUACUGCAGAAAGUGGUUUGAGCGCUCUGGCCGCCUUUUGUUUGCCCAUCGACAUUAAAGCCACCACAUCGUCAAAUGAAUUCGAAAAGGGAGCUGUAUGGGGCGAUGAUGACUUUAUAAUCUAUAGCCAUCACAAAGGAUAUAUUGUAUGGAGUUUUAACCAAAAGAAACCUCUACCCACAGGCUUGGCAAACUCCCCUCCGGUCUCCUCGGCCCAAGGAGAAUCAACCCAAAGAAUAUCGAAGUGGAGUAGGAACAAUAUUCUGCCAGUUUACCGAAGAUGA